UCUGGCCCCAGAGCUCAACCCCCGAAAGCACAACUAGGUGAGUACACACAUACAUACACGCCCCCGCUGGAAUUGGACAGAGAAAAAGACCUGGGGUUGAUAUCACAUCGAACCCAUCUCCCGAAGUCCACAUCAAAAACAUAUUAUCGCCUGCAUUUGCAAUGCUAACCAUAAGUACUACCUUUAGAAACCUCGACAGGGAGUGUUCCAUGAUCUUGUACUCAACGUGUGGCAAUUUAAUAUUACAAUAUACGGCCCCAGGAUGUAACGCUAAUACCUUUAAACAUGAACGAUGCUGGAGAGAUGCAAAGAUAUUCCGUCACAUUAAUACCGGAGCUGAGAGGUAUCGGUACCGAGAUUAAAGGAAAGAAAGAUUAAAAGAAUUAAAGAUCACAUCACUGGAUGAUAAGUCAUUGAAGACAUGAUCACCACAUACAAUAUUCAGAGGUGACUUGACAGGGCAGCAGACAAGAGCAAACUGUUUGGAAUAGGUGGUACGCUAACAAGGGACAAAUGAGGCACGGAAACAUUGGAUUAUUUUUUCAGUUAUAAUAGUGAAGCAUCGGAAUGCACAGCAAAGGAAAGUGGUUAAGACCGACUUCACACAGCUUCUAAUUUAGAUAUGAACGUUCUGAAUGGUCUCAGAACCUUGAAGUUUGGGAAGUAGGACCAAAGAACUGUAGAUCAAACCCCAGCAAGCAAAAAUAAGUAAGCACAAUUAGAUGAGUACACAGUGUUUGAUGAAUACAAGUUAUGAUAACAGACAAAAUGUCAUUACAUGCAAAAUAUUUCGAAAAAUAGUUAAUAUAGGCAUUUUGGCAUGAUUUAAACAGAGAGAGUACAAGUCAAAAUUUAGUACCAAAAGGAGUCGUAGCUAGGAUAACAGUGAGAAUUUUAAGGGCUAUGGAAGGAAAGAAAUUUAAUAAAAUAGGGAGCAAAGUAGGGUCAGCAAGGAUCCCGGCCAACUUCCACAAGCACAGAUAGGUCAGUAUGCAAACAUGCCUAGACAAAUAAGUUUUUCUCCAGAAAGAUAUAAUUUUAGAUCAGAGAACUGCAGCAGCAAAGGAAAGGAUGGCUGAAUGGAUAGAUGCCAAUUAUUUUGUCCCAAGACUAGGUGUAUGGACGUAUAAUUCAGCACGGGAUGAUAAAAAAAAGAGAGGCACAGAAAGAGAUGGAGGAGGAGAAGGAGGAGGAGAAGGAAGAGGAGGAGAGGAAGACGGAGAAGGGGAGGAGGAAGAGGACGACUACUACUACUACUACUAUAAGGGUCACAAUAAUUACGGUAAUAUUCAAAACUCUUUAAAAAAAGAAGCUAAGGCCAGGACAGGAAAGCGACAGAAACACCUCAACUCUCACCAUCAUCAUCCACCACCAUCAUCAUCAUCAUCAUCAUCAUCAUCAUCAUCAUCAUCAUCAUCAUCAUCAUCAUUAUCAUCAUCAUCAUCAAGAGAUUUCAGCCGUUCCCAACAAGAGUAA